GACGGAUGCCUGCGACUACAUGGACUUUAUUUUCGACCACAGAGAUUUGUUGGGCCGCCUCAGCACUGAGCCCUGCCCAUUGGAUCUUCCAACAUUUUCCAGGCCCGACAUGACCUUGACAGACAGUCAGCGGGACCUGCUACGAGCUGCGGUUGAUGGAGGUCUGACAUUGCCGGUGGAAAACAAACAUGAAGAUGUGAAGGGCCUCAGGCGGUUUAUGCAACAGCCGUAUGUCCACAAGUCUGAUGAAUGGCUGAGUUUGUUCCAAGCUGAGCCGCUGCGAGGCGUUCUUUGCCGCAUUGCGCGGCGCUUGGAUGUUUCGCUGAGUCCUACCAAUGGCCCCUGGCAGUAUCCGGAGAAACAAGACUUUCGCGAGGAGAUUGCCAGGAUGAGGUCAUGGUACGAACCUGGGCGCAGGAAGUUCCGCCGUGUACAGGAUCUUCGAGACGACAGCGCUGCCCUACUUCCUGGAGCCCCAACAGUGUUCACUGCUAAAGUGAAGAAACAUUACGCGCAGCUGAAAACUCCGCUGAAGGAAGAAGGUCUUUGGAAGUGGGCGCUAGUAGCCCGUGGUUUGCAUAAAGCAGGUGUGCCUGUGGUCAGCGGCACCAUCUCAGUGGAGCAAAAGUGGAGCCACAUCAAGUCCAUGCUCCCGCAAGAAGCACGACGUAUCUCCAUGCAGUGGUUCGACAUGCUCUCCAACUUGUGCUUCCUUCGGUUGAUGUACAGUCAUUAUCAUCAUGGAAGUAUGCCUUCUUGGACGGACAACGACACCUUGCUUUCACACAAGCUUGACGGCCUUAUUGCUCUGGCCCAAUGUUUGUCGAACAUGGAUGGUGUGUUAGACGAGAUUCCUUCAAAUCUCGCCAGCACGGUGCCGCUUGAGGCCGAGGGUGAAGGAGACCUCGCCGCAGACACAGGCGCAUCCGCAAGCGCGGUUUUUUGGGAUCCGGAGCUUGUCGAAGAAGCCUUUGGCGUCCAGUUCCCCAGCAAGGUGCAUAUGAGAGUCUUGCACACCAAGUGGGCUCGGGCCAUGGCGCAAGGACUUAAGUGGGUGGAAACGCAAAGGUACCGAUCCAAAAGCCUGAACGCAAUGAAAUUUGCGCAGGCUGGUGAGUGGGUAGUGUUGGGGGACUCCCAGCACAUCAUGGCCAUAGGAGUGUGCGCCGGAAAGGUUGUGCGAGGGUGCAGAGACAUUCUCAGCAGCGGUGUCCUUGACCACCUGGACGAGUCGCUACGAGCGGACCUGGAGAGUUACCUCAAUGUCGCUCAAAGCUUUGACUACAUAACCUUCUCUAGCGUGUGCAACCUGACCGCAGGCGAACCCAUCCCAUGGAAGAGCUUCUGGAGUCUGCAAAGUGCAAGAAACCCGAAGAAUAAGCAAGGUUUCCCGCGUGUUGGAGGACCAGACUUGGCCCCGGCACUUUUUUUGUGGACCCAGCAAUUAGGAGCUGAAUGGAUCACUCCUUAUGGCAACCCCGGUGAAGAGUCUGAGUAA